AGUUUGUCAACAGUCAGUGAGUGUGGUAGUAAAGCGGCCAUAUGGCUGCGUGUUUAACGCACAGACCGUAUGUAACAGGAAGAAUAUAAAGAUCUUUGCAUACAGUCUAUGAUUUUACGGCAGAGAUCAAACCGUCGCUGUAUCCAGUCCAGAUCCGGACAGAACCAUGGCCCAUCUGACACAGAACCCCGCUGAUAAAGAGAGGUUCAUCUGCCUCUAUCCAGUCUACAUCAACAGUAAGAAGACGCUGGCUGAAGGACGCAGGAUCCCCACAGAGAAGGCUGUGGAGAAUCCGUCCUGCGCUGAGAUCAGAGACGUCCUGACGGCCGCUGGGAUGAACGUCUACGUGGAGAACAAAAUGCAUCCGAGGGAGUGGAACAGGGACGUCCAGUUCAGAGGUCGCGUCAGAGUUCAGCUGAAACAGGAAGAUGGCAACCUGUGUGUGGAGAAAUUCAGCUCCCGUAAAGAUGUGAUGUUUUACGUGGCGGAGAUGAUCCCUAAACUAAAGACUCGGACCCAGAAGAGUGGAGGAGGAGACACCAGCUCUCAGCAGGGAGAGGGAGGGAAGAAGAGCAAGAAAAAGAAGAAAUAGACACAUGGCUUUUUUUUUUUUUUUAUUCUGAGGGUUAUUGCUUCGAGGACAUUGAUUAUUGAUCAGGUUCAGGUAUGUUUUGUGUGUGUUUUGUGAAGGUGAGGAGACGUUGGUGCAGUCUCCUUCCAAAACGAAAACCUGUCCUUGUGCUCGCAGCUCGUCAGGUUGUUCAGCAGAGGAAACUCGGUCAGACAGAGGAAGAUGUGCAUCUGUGUUUCUGUUUAACACCUUCCUCCACAUUUUUGUUAAAUUUUCUGGGUCGUUCAGGACCAGAUGAAUAAAUAGUUACAUCAGUA